UCAGCUGGACGAUGAACGUAGGAAGAACGAAGAUUUGCAGUUCAAAUUCGAGGAGGCGGCGAUCACCAAUGGCGACAUCGAGAUGGCGAACGAGUCGAAUCUGACGAAAAUCUCGGAUCUCGAGUUCCAAUUGGAGGAAUUCAAGAUACGAACCGAGGGAUUGUCCAGUUCUUUGGCGGAAUUAACCGAAGAGCUGACGAAGAGGAACGAAGAGAACGCCUCGAUGAGGGAUCUGCUGGAGCACGCGAACGAAAAACGAACUUUGCUGGAAGGCGAAGAAUCGAAAUCAAUCGAAUUGGUGCAAUCUUUGCAAAUUAAACUUGAAGAAUCCAAUGAGUUACUGAAGAAGCAGCAAGGCGAAUCGCUGAAGGAAUUGGAAACUCUGAACACGAGAUUGACGCGACAACUGUCCGAGCAGGAGGUCGCAACUUUCAAGUACAACAAGGAUAUGGAAGAUGCUAAGAUCAAGUAUGAAACGGACGUUGGAGCUAGAGAUGAAGAGAUCAAGAGUUUGAAACAGGAAUUGGGUGAGACUGGAGGGUCUUUGGAGAAAGUUGUUAAAGAGUUGGAGCUGUUCAAGUUCGAAACUCAAGCGAACGAGGCGAGUUUGAGGAAGGAGUUGGAUCGUUGCCGCAUGGAGAUUAGUGGUAAAGUCUUGGAAAUCGAAACGCUUUCCGAGGGGCUUAAAGCUAAAGAUGAAGAAGUCGUUGGUGGUGAGGGUAAAUUCAGGAAGCUGCAAGAGGAAUUUGAGAAGAUGAAAAAGGCUUCGAGAGAUGUUGAAGAUGAGUUGAGGGCUGAGAUUCAGACGAGCAAAGAGACUUUGUUGUUGAAGGAUUCGGAGCUGAAGCAGCUUUUGGAGAGCAAAUUGGGUUUGGAGCAGAGCAAAGAUGAGAUCCAGAGCAACAAUUUGAGAAGAUUGAAGGAGACUGAGGAUGAAUUGAAGGUAGUUAAAGCGAAUUUAGAGGGUAAAUUAGGUGAAUUGGAGAGAAGUAUCGGUAGAGUUAAAGAUUUGGAACUUGAUGUUUCGGAGAAGGAGAAGGUUAAAGUUGAUCUGGAGGCGAAACUGAAGGAAUUUGAAGGUAGAUUUAGUCAAGAAAUGGAGGCGAGUAAAUCGAAGAUCGAUGAAUUGGAAUUGUCGAUCGGGGAUUACCAGAGGAAACUGCAGCAGAGCGAGAGUAAAGUGGAGGAAAUUGUUAAGUUGAAGUUGGGUUUGGAGGAGGAAAUCAAGAAACUUUACGGAUCCACCGGCGAGGAUAGCGCAAGACUAGAAGCUUUGAACGCUCAGGUGCGUGAAAAAGAAGCUUCUCUUGAGAAAACCAGAGACGACUUCAACGUGAAACUGCAAGAAACUCAACACUGUUUGCAGCAGAAGGAAAUCGAGUUGCAGAGCGUCGUGGAGAAAUCAAGGAAGGAAAUGGAAAUCGUCGAUGGGAAAUUGAAGGAGUUGCAAGAGAAGUUGAGGAUUGGUGAAGCUCAAGUUGGCGGAGUUAACGAGGAGAAGGUUAAGCUUCUGGCGGAUUUGCAAGAAGUCGAGAAACGGUUGAAGGAUAAGGAUGAGCAAUUCGAGAAGGUUUUGGGUGAUCUGAAGACUUUGGAGAGUGAAAAGGAAUCGAUCGUGAGGAGCGGAAAAGGCGAAAGCGAGAAGUUAUCAAGUGAAAUUGGAAAUUUGCAGAAGGCGAUCGAAGAGAGUCAAGUGAAGAUUAAACAUUUCGAGGGAGAAAACGUGGAUUUGGCGGUGAAAUUGGUGCAAAGCACCGCAGAAUUACAGGAGGCCAAAAAGGCGUUCGAAGAAUCCACCGCGAAUCUCACCGAAUUGCUGAAAAAAGAACAAGAAGUUUCGGCGAAAAAAGACGUUCAACUUCUCGAGUUGACCGAGACGCAACGAAAGGAAUUGGAUAGUUUGAAGAGAGAUUUCGAAACUGAAUUGUUGGAGUCGCGAAAUAAUUUAGAGAAAACUUUGGGCGCGGAUCAGAGUAAAUUGGCGCGGAUCAAAGAGCUCGAGUCACAGCUGGACCUCACCAAGAACGACGUCAACUCGAAUUUGGUUACUAUGGAAACGAAACAGCAGGAAAUCGUCAAGUUGGCUUCGGAUCUGCAGGAGGCGACGCGAUUGGUCGACGGGUUGAAGCGGGAGAAAGACGAGUCACUGGUUGCCAAGCAGAAGGCGGAAACGGAAGUCGCGAACCGGAUGCACGUUUUAACGGAAAGCGCGAAACAAUCUACCGCCGAUUUGGAAGUGCUGAAGUCGGAGAGGAACAGUUACGUGCAGAUCCUGAGCGCUUUACGGUUAACGGAACGGCAGAGAAACGAGCUUUCCGCAACGCUGGGAGGCGGCGAUCGCAACGAUUUGCUGAAGAUGGUCACGGUGGAGAAGGACGAGAGUUUGGAGUGGCAGAAGAGGUUGAAGGAGGUGACCGAAGCUCUGGAGAAGACGACCAGGCAGAACGCGCAAGCGCAGAACGACAUAAGUAAUCUGCAGAAUCAAUUGAGCAACCAGCAGCAGCAGGAUCAGAAUAGAAGGAUCGAGUUGCCACAGCAAACCGACGCUUCAAUUGUUACCAACAAUAAUACGGUGUCUAAUAAUUACAAGCAGCUGCUGCAGGAGAAACUCUUCGCCGAGAGUCAAGUCGAGUUUCUCAACUCGAUCAUCGUCGAUAUGCAGAAGAAAAAUGAGGAGCAGAAGGCUAGACUCGAAAUACUGGAGUUAGGCUAUAGUCCGGCAGACGCGGAUGAGCUUAAGAUUUUGGAAGUUAAGAAGAUUCCGCCGCGCAUGUACUGCGACAUCUGCGAGGUAUUCGAUAGGCACGAGACGGACGAUUGUCCACAGCAGGGCAACGACGAACUGCCCUCGUUCUCGAAGCCGCACAAACUGAGGGAGACGGGACCUUCAAGGCCCUUCUGCGAAAUUUGCGAAGUUUUUGGACAUAUGACCGAAGAUUGCCAGGAGGAUCAGACAUUUUGACGAGACGCACUAGGAGAAUUUAGCGAAUAUAUUUUUGUUUAAUUUUAAUUGCGAGAGGUUGAAAAUUGAACGAGAAUCGAAAUCUAGCGAAAAACAGAAGAAAAAAAUGAUGUUACGUUUUGUUUUCAAUUGUUUUUUGUGUUUGCGUGUGUUUGUGUAACGCAACGCGAAACAUCCAUGCAAAGCAUCAUCGAUGUUUCGACGUUUUGUUGUUGAAUAUAUAUAUGUAUGUAUUUCCAUUACCUUGUAAAUUUGAACGAAUUGUAAACUAUGUGAAACAUUUUAUAAUUUAAAAACUAUACAAAUAAAUAAAUAAUUUAAAUUAUCAAAUUUUC